CCAACGUGCCCGUGCUGCAGCCGCCCGUGCCCAGACGCUGGAGGCCCGACGGACGACGGCGGGGGCCCCCAGAGCUUCCCCACGGCUCCCGCCCCGAGGGCCUCUCCCCCGCCAUCUCGAGCGGCCGCGCAUGACGACGGCGAUGCCACCAGGUCCUGGACGCGGUCGGCAGCCGAUGUGCCGUGGCUCUGGAGCUCGACGCGACGGGGCGCACCCGCAAGCGCGGCACGGAUCCUCCACGAAACUUAUAACGACGCUCGCCGACCAACGAGCUGUGGACAACGAGCCGGCGUCUGCCUCUUCUGGUUGAUCCGACUACCCGCUCGACCGUCCAGACGACACCGACACCGACACCGACACCGACGCCCCCGCCACCGACGACAACGUCGCGACCUUGGCCGCAAUGGCUUCCUCCAACACCGCCCACGAGGCCCUCCAGCCCAUCCACCCGUCCAUGGCCGGCAAGCUGGACCCCGUCUUCGAGAAGCUCUACAACGACAACGUCGCCAACACGCCGCUCAAGCCCAUCGACCUCGCGUUCCUCCGGUCCAAGUACUCGGUGCUGUACAGCUACGGCACGGGCCCGGCGCCCGAGGUCGGCCGCGUCUACGACGACCGCAUCGAGACGGCCGACGGCGUGACCCUCGACGUGCGCGUCUACGAGCCCGCCUCGCCGGGGCCCUGGCCCGUCCACCUCGACUUCCACGGCGGCGGCUGGGGCCUCGGCGACCUCGACACCGAGGCGCACAUCUGCCGGCACAUCUGCGCCAAGGCCAACGUGGUGGUCAUCGACGUGGCCUACCGCCUCGUGCCCGAGGUGCCGUUCCCCGCGGGCAUCACCGACAGCUUCGCCGCGCUGCGCCACGUCCACGAGCACGGCGCGGCCCGCUUCAACGUCCGCCCGGACAGCAUCUCGCUCGGCGGCGUGUCGGCGGGCGGCUGCAUCGCCCUGGCCCUCGCGCACCUGGCGCGCGACCACCGGCCCGCGCCCAUCCCGCUGCGGCUCGUCGCCGUCGGCACGCCCGUCGUCGACGACCUCGCCCAGUACGCCUCGGCCGCCGACUCGCCGUUCCCCUCGAUGCAGGAGAACGAGUUCGCCCCGACGCUCAACUGGGGCCGCCUCGCCUGGUUCGACAAGCUCAAGUGGUCGUCGCUGCCCGCCGACCCGGCCGAGCGCGAGGCCUGGCGCGCCAACGAGGUCGGCUGGUUCGCCAACCUGCUGCGCGCGCCGCGCUUCGACGGGCUCGCCCGCACCGUCAUCUACACGGCCGGCGCGGACCCCCUGCGCGACGAGGGCGAGCGCUACGCCCAGCUGCUCGUCGCCGCCGGCGUCGAGGUCGCCCUGCGCCGCUUCCCCGGCGUGCCGCACCCCUUUAUGCACAUGGACAAGGACCUGUGGCAGGCGCGCGAGUUUAUCGACAAGACGGCCCGCGAGAUUCGGCUGGCGCAUUGGGAGUAGGGACACGACCGGCUGGUUGGGG